CGACAAAAAUGGGUCAUAUUUUGCUUUGGGUUCAAUUUCAUCUAAUUCGGGUUAUUAACAAUUUGUGAAACUGAUUCAGUGUGCACCUGUAUGAUUCAAAGACACACUGUAACUGAAGUUAUUAAUCAUAAAAUGCCAGAAGGUGUGAAGCGACACAAAAUGCCGGCCUACUCCGAUACGCCGGUGAAUGGCACAGUGCUUGGAGAAGCUACUGCCGUGCCUCCAUUGCCGGUAGAUACGGUUAUCAGCGGUAUAUCAUGCCGUCUGCCCGAGUCUGACAAUAUGAAGGAGUUUAGGGAUCAUCUGAUGAACGGCGAAGACAUGGUGACUGACGAUGGCAGGAGGUGGGAGCCAGGUCUAUUCGGGCUACCAGUUCGAAGUGGAAAACUAAAAGACUUGACCAAGUUUGAUGCAGAAUUCUUUGGAGUGCAUCACAAACAAGCUAAUACGAUGGAUCCACAGCUAAGAAUGCUCCUUGAAGUGACCUAUGAAGCUAUAGUGGAUGCAGGAUGCCACCCUGACACCAUGAAAGGGUCCAGGACUGGUGUAUUUGUUGGCGCCAGUGGCUCAGAAGCAAGAGAGGGAUGGUCCACAGACCCAGAGACACUAUCUGGUUACAGCAUGUCUGGUGGAUGUACAGCUAUGUUUGCGAAUAGGCUCUCAUACUUCUUCGACUUCAAGGGUCCAAGUUAUGUAGUAGAUACAGCCUGUUCAUCAAGCCUGAUGGCCUUGGACCACGCCGUCCAUGCCUUACGGACAGGCUUAUGCGAUUCAGCAGUCGUGGCCGGAGCAUCAAUCGCGAUCAGGCCUAACACAGCAUUACAGUUCAACCGACUCAACAUGCUGUCACCAGAUGGCACUUGUAAAUCAUUUGACGCGUCGGGUAACGGGUAUUGUCGAAGUGAGGGUGUUGUAGCCAUCCUAAUCCAGAGGGCACCUUUAGCCAAGAGGAUGUAUGCUUCAGUCCUUGGCUCGGGAAACAAUUCAGAUGGAUUCAAAAGCCAAGGCAUAACAUUUCCAAGUGGUGAAGUACAAAAACAGUUAUUGAUGAGUGUCUACAGCGAUGCACACAUUGACCCAGCCACAGUAGAUUAUGUAGAGGCUCAUGGUACGGGAACCAAGGUCGGCGAUCCACAAGAGCUCAACUCCAUUGUUGAUGUAUUCUGCAAGGGACGCGAGGGCCCACUGAAGUUAGGGUCUGUCAAAUCAAACAUGGGCCAUCCAGAACCGGCAUCAGGUCUUGCCGCACUUGCCAAGCUCCUGAUCACUCUCGAAGAGGGUAUAAUUCCACCAAACCUACACUACAACACGCCAAACCCAGACAUUCCUGCUCUCACCGAUGGAAGAAUAGAAGUCAUAACCAAGCCAACUCCAAUAAAUGGCUCAACUGUUGGAAUAAACUCAUUCGGCUUCGGUGGUUCUAAUGUCCACGCUGUGCUCAAGUCGGCAGCAAAAGAAACAAUUCCUAGUCACCCAGCAGCAGACGCAACCCGUCUCUUCGUCUAUUCAUCAAGGACGGAAGAAGCUUUAGACGAUCUCCUAACAGAGGUUCAGACACAUUCAAAGAGUAUUGAGCUCCAUGCUCUUUACAAUGAAACUACUAUGACAUCAACUGGCAGUCAUCCAUACAGAGGGUACUGUCUUCUCAACUCGGAGAAAGAAGUUAAAGAGACAGAGAUAUGUGGUACAGAGAAGCGACCAGUGUGGUAUGUGUUCUCAGGCAUGGGCACCCAGUGGCCCGGCAUGGGACGCGACCUGAUGGACAUCGACGUCUUCCAUCAAUCCAUCAUGAAAUCUGACAUCGUCUUGAGGCCCUAUGGGAUCAGCCUGUAUGACCUCUUAAUGAAAGGAGAUGAGAAGGCCUUUGACAACACACUUAACUCGUUUGUAGGUGUUGCUGCUAUACAGGUCGGUCUUGUAGACAUCUUACGGACAAUAGGCAUGAAACCUGAUGGUAUUGUCGGACAUUCAGUAGGAGAGUUGGGAUGUGGUUAUGCCGAUGGGUGCCUCUCAGCAGAGGAGACUGUUCUUGCUGCUUACUGGCGAGGCCGCUGUGUUCAGGAGGCUAAGCUACCGCCUGGUGGAAUGGCUGCAGUUGGUUUGACUUGGGAAGAAGCUAAGAAGCGCUGCCCUGCUGGUGUAGUCCCUGCUUGCCAUAAUGCUGUGGAUACUGUGACGGUCUCGGGGCCUGAACAACUGGUGCUAGACUUUGUCGAUGAGCUGAAAGCAGAGGGAGUAUUUGCCAAGGCUGUCAACAGUGCUGGCACAGCAUUCCAUUCAAGAUACAUGGCAGAUAUUGCACCGUCUCUGAAAGCUGCCCUAGAUAAGGUUAUAAAGACGAGGCGUCCUCGUACCUCCAGAUGGAUUAGCACCUCCAUCCCUCAAACACAAUGGGACACUGACCUGGCCCGAUACUCCUCAUCCGAAUAUUACGUCAACAAUCUUGUCAGUCCAGUCUUGUUCCAAGAAGGCUUGCAUCUUAUCCCAAGGAAUGCAGUGAUGGUGGAGAUUGCCCCCCACUGUCUGCUGCAGGCCAUCUUGAAGAGAUCUCUAGGGACAGGAUGUGUCUUUACGGGGCUAAUGAAGAGGGGACAUCAGAAUAAUCAGGAGUUUCUUUUUUCAAACAUUGGAAAGUGCUACAUGAAUGGUGUCAACCUCAACCCUCUGAAACUCUACAAACCAGUCGAGUUCCCGGUAUCCCGGGGCACCCCAAUGAUAUCACCGACAAUCCGCUGGGACCACCUACACUCCUGGGACGUACCCGAUGCUGAUGUUUACAUCCAAGGCGGUGGUUCUCACGGUGGCUGCAUUUACGAGAUCAAGAUGUCGUUAGAUUCAGAAGACGAGUACUUGGAGGGCCAUAAGAUCGAUGGACGGGUGUUGUUCCCAGCGACAGGGUACAUGGUGUUGGCUUGGAGAACGUUAGCCAUGAUUCAUGGUCAGAUGUAUGAACAGAUGCCAGUUGCAUUAGAUGAUGUUAACAUCCACAGGGCGACUAUCAUGCCAGAGGAAGGUAUUGUCAAGUUUGAGGUGAACAUCAUCCACGGCACAGGCGAAUUUGAGGUGAUGGAGAGUGGUACGGUUGCAGCAAGUGGUAAGAUUAGCCCUCUGGAGGGGCCAGUCAACAGGUUCCCAGUACAUGUGGGUGGUGAGGAGGCCGUGGACUUGAUACAGCUAUCUUCUGAGGACAUUUACAAGGAGUUGAGACUGAGGGGGUAUGAUUAUGGUCCAACAUUCCAGGGCAUAGUGUUGGUGAACAAUACAGGGACAGAUGGUGCAUUACUCUGGGCUGACAACUGGAUCUCCUUCCUCGACACGAUGAUGCAGACAUCAGUCUUGAGUCACGAAGGGAGAAGUCUCCGUCUGCCGACCAGGAUCAAGUCACUUCGGAUUGACCCAAUCAAACACAUGACUUGUAUGAAGCGAUUGGAAGAGAAAGAAGUCUUUGAUGUACAUGUUGAUAACGACCUUGACAUUUGCCAGUCUGGGUGUGUAGAAAUACUUGGGCUUCAUGCAACCGUCGCUCCGCGAAGACACCACCAUGAACAGCUAUCAUUGGAGGAGUUCCAUUUCAUACCAAAUAUGGAAGAAAACACAUCGACCAGUGAUAAAUCAUUACUUGAAUAUCUGCAGAACUGUGAAAGUGCAAUCUGUGAAUCAUUACACAAGACCCUUUCCGGGACAACGGAAAUCCCCAACCGGGCACCGUUGGAGAAGUUAGUUGCCAGUGGCCCAAAGGAUUCCUCCAACCUCGCCCAAUAUUCUGACCGGCCUGAGUGCUCACUUGCGAAGAUCAUCCAAGAGACAUUCUGUAAAGACUGUACCUCGUUAUCAAAUACUGCCAACUCGUUGAAAGAUUUCCAUGGAAAGUUAAAAAAUGAUUGGUUGCUAGGCAACAUGUUUAAAGAACGUCUGCUGAAACCUUGCUUGGAUCUCGUCCUGGAGAAUUCAGCGCAAACAAAAUUAAAAGUUGUGGAGUUAUCUCAAGAUGGACAUAUAUGCGAUAAAGUUAUCCCGUUGCUCAACUCUCAGCCCUUGGUUACCGUUGACUACGUCAUAGCUUGCCCAGAUCCUGAAGUAUUCUCCCAAGAGGAGCUGCAAUCUUACGGUGCACAAAGCCAUGCUUGGUCAUUUAAUGACACGGCAGAUAAUGGAAUCACGAAAGCUAACUUAGUCAUUGCAGACGACAUUCUUAGACAUCAGGCAGACGUGGCCGGGUCCUUGAAUCGGGUCACAUCCAUCAUGAAAGAUGAUGGCUUCCUUCUGAUUCAUGAAUACACCGAAAACUUCCUCCUCCCGACCUGCCUGUUCAAUCUUUGUGGUGUUGCAAACUCGGUAUCAUCAAGGAUGUUCUGUGCUACAAAGUCGUGGGAGUCUCAAUUAGAAUCAAGUGGAUUAGAAAUCGUCUGCCAAAAAUCUGAUGGACUUCUAGGAACAUUGUUUUUGUGUCGACUGAAGCAGACAACAGACUUCAACGUCAAAACUGUCAAUGUAAAUGAGCUGACUUUUGAUUGGGUGGAACCGUUUAAGUACGAACUGCAGAUGUUGCAGACGGCACCUGCUGAGCAGAGGUUAUGGUUGGUGUCUGACUGUAGUACCAAUGGUGUUGUCGGCCUCGUAAACUGUUUACGACAGGAGCCAGGAGGUGACAGAAUCAGAUGUGCAUUUAUCAGCAAUACUCAGAAAAACUCUUCCAAGCCAGACCUGUCUCCUGAGAGUGAGACAUGGAAGAUGCUUGUCCAGAGAGACAUGGUCAUGAAUAUCUACAGAGAUGGUGAAUGGGGGACGUUGAGACAUAUAUCCACUGCCAUUGGUGCCGAUUGGUGCCAUAUUGACAUCCCCACUGCCUACGUCAAUGUUCUGACCAGAGGUGACCUAUCAAGUUUACGAUGGAUUGAAUCGCCACUCAAAUUCUUUGUCCCAGAGGAAAACCCUGGGAAGGAAUUGUGUGAUGUCUACUACACAUCCUUGAACUUCCGUGACAUCAUGCUGGCAACAGGAAAACUCCCACCGGACGCUAUCCCAGGUCAUAUGGCGAUGCAGGAUUGUAUUCUUGGGAUGGAGUUCUCGGGGCGAGAUACAUCUGGACAAAGAAUCAUGGGCUUGCUAGCAGCCAAGGGACUUGCUACAGUAGUUGAUGUAGACCAACACUUCAAGUGGCCAGUGCCUGCAGGCUGGAGUCUAGAAGAAGCCGCAACUGUCCCCGUAGUCUACACAACAGUUUAUUAUGCGUUAGUGGUCAGGGGAAGAAUAAGAAAGGGGGAUAAAGUCCUGAUCCAUUCUGGUAGCGGCGGUGUUGGCCAGGCGGCAAUCUCUGUUGCCACACAUUUUGGCUGCGAGGUCUUCACAACGGUUGGAACGAAGGAGAAGAGAGAGUACUUGAAGAAGAGGUUCCCAGGUUUGCCUGAUGACCACAUCAGUAAUUCCAGGGACACUUCUUUUGAGUAUGACUUCCUCAAGGUCACAAAGGGCAAAGGUGUCGAUGUUGUGCUAAACUCGUUGGCUGAAGAGAAGCUCCAGGCCAGUUUGAGGGUGUUGGCUCCACAUGGGAGAUUCCUUGAAAUUGGAAAAUAUGAUCUGUCCAAAAACACACCUUUAGGCAUGUCUCUGUUCCUAAAGAAUAUCAGUUUCCAUGGCAUUCUGCUCGAUGCUCUAUUUGAAGAGGGCAACCAGGACUGGCAGACUGUAUCCAACUUGAUGAUGGACGGGAUCAUGAGUGGUGCUGUGAAGCCGCUGCCCACCACAGUGUUCGACAAGGAUGACCUGGAGGGGGCAUUCAGAUUCAUGGCACAGGGAAAACAUAUUGGGAAGGUGUUGUUGAAGAUAAGAGAGGAGGAACCCAAAGCCGUGACCAUCCCAGCACCGGUCAAUGUCCGAGCCAUACCAAGGACUGCCUGCCAUCCUGACAAAGUCUACAUCAUCACUGGAGGCCUUGGUGGGUUUGGCCUUGAGUUGUGCCAGUGGCUCAUCGAAAGAGGUGCUAAGAGAAUAAUCCUGACGUCCAGAUCAGGGGUUCGUACCGGCUACCAGUCACAGCGGCUCAGAAUCUGGCACGAGAUGGGAAUUCAGGUCAACACGUCCAAGAUCAACACAACAACAUUAGAGGAGACAGAACGUUUGAUUGCUGAAGCCAAGAAGAUGGGGCCUGUUGGUGGAAUAUUCCAUCUUGCUAUGGUUCUCCAAGAUGGAUUCUUUGAAAACCAAACUCAAGAAAUGUUCCAAAAAGUGUCGGAAACCAAAGUCACAGGAACAUAUAACCUAGACCAUGUGACGAGGGACAUUUGCAAGGAACUCGAUUGGUUUGUCGCCUUCUCCUCGAUCAGUUGUGGACGUGGCAAUGCCGGGCAGGCAAAUUACGGCUUUGCCAACUCAUAUAUGGAACGGGUGUGUGAACAGAGACGAGCUGAUGGCUACCCAGGUCUUGCAAUCCAAUGGGGUGCCAUAGGUGAUGUUGGUAUCAUCCUGAACACGAUGGGAGGAAAUGAUACCGUGAUCGGUGGCACCCUCCCCCAGAGGAUCAACUCGUGUAUGUCAACCUUGGACCACUUCCUACACCAGUCACAUCCGGUCGUCUCCAGUUUCGUGAUGGCAGAAAAACUCAUCAAGACGAAAGAUUCAGCGGCGAAACAUGCGAAUCUAGUCAGCGCUGUGGCUAAUAUCCUUGGUGUCAAAGAUCCUUCUACAAUCAAACCAGACAUCAUGCUGGCAGACAUGGGCCUCGACUCGCUCAUGGGCGUCGAGGUCAAGCAGACGUUAGAACGAGACUUUGACCUUCACCUUGCCAUGCAGGAGAUACGGCAGCUAACAUUCACCAAACUACGCGAGAUUGCUCACAAUGUUGCUGAGGCAGAGGAACGGAAGAGUCAUGAACCUGUUGAGAAGAUGGCUCGAGCGCCAAGCUUCAACGAUAGUGGUGUUCAGUUGAGAUAUGACCCAGAACACAUCAUGCCAACAGAGACAGUUGUUCUACUCAAUAGUGAGACAGAGGGGGUACCACUAUUUGUAGUGCAUCCCAUAGAGGGAACGACUCUCUCCAUUGAACCACUCCUUGCCAAACUAAACUGCCCUGCCUACGGCAUCCAGUGUACAGAAGAAACUCCGCUGGACUCCAUACCAGACCUAGCUGCUUACUACAUCAAAUCUCUGCAGACCAUCCAACCUAAAGGCCCUUAUAGACUAGCUGGGUAUUCGUUUGGAGCAAUGGUAGCAUUUGAGAUGUCGAUCCAACUCAAGGCAGUAAAAUCGGAUGUUGAAAGUUUAAUUUUACUGGAUGGUUCGCAUUCAUUUGUAAAGGCAUACACAUCACAGCAUCAACUGAAGAUGGUCCCUGGAGAUAGCGCUGAGAGGGAGAGUGAGGCCAUGUGUGCCUUCGUCAUGCAGUUCAUGAAGUUAAACUACUCUGAUUUAUUUGAAGAACUACUCCAGCAACCUACCUUGGAGGACCGAUUAAAACACACAACACAGUGCCUCAUAUCAACACACCAAUUCCCAAGUGCGGACGACUUAAUGGCAGCUGCCCACUCCUUUUAUCUCAAACUUCUUGCUGCUGACAAGUACUGGCCAGAUGUUACAUAUUAUGGAAACAUUACAUUGUUGAAAGCAACGGAUGGUCUCGCCCAGAGUAAAGUGUUGGGAGAGGACUAUGGACUUGGAGAGGUCUGUGUUGGUAAGAUAGCCAUCCACAACAUCAGUGGAAACCACGAGUCGUUCGUCCUCAGAGAAGAAGCUGCCGAUGUCAUGAAUGAGACCUUGAAAGUCUGAACAAGUUGCUGAGAGAAUCAGUUAUUUUGUUGAACAAACAUAUUAUGAAUGAACCUGCUAAAGGAUGAGGUCUUUCCAGAUGUUGCAAUGUCGCCAUGUUUUUAGCUCACCUCUUAGCAGAGGUGAGCUUAUCCCAUACCGUGGCGUCCGUCGUCCGUCGUCGUCGUCGUCGUCGUCGUCGUCGUCGUCGUCCGUCGUCCGUUAGCAGGGCACGUUUCGUAACUGUUAGAGCUAUUGAGUUGAAACUUGGUACACAUGUACCCUUAUGUAAUGACACCUGGGAGACCAAGUUUCGGUCCGAUUCGUUUCAUGGUUUGGCCACCAGGGGGACAAACGUUAAAAGUGAAAAUAUGCAAUAUCUCCCUUAAUAGUA